AUGUUCACGUCCCUCAGGCAAGCUCGUUUGCUGGUCCAAGCAAGUCACGCCGGCCAAAGGCGUUUCCUCUCUCUUCACGAAUACCAGUCUGUGCAGCUGCUCAACUCGUACGGUAUUCCAACGCCUAAAAGCAUACUAGCCAAAACCCCCGAAGAGGCAUACAGCGUCGCAAAGAAUUUCGGUACCGACGAGCUUGUUAUCAAGGCCCAGGUUCUCGCUGGAGGCCGGGGUAAAGGCAAGUUUGACAAUGGGUUCCAGGGCGGUGUCCAUGUUGUCAGCAGCCCCGAACAGGUUAAGGAAUAUGCGAGUAAGAUGAUCGGAUCCAAGUUGAUCACCAAACAAACGGGUUCCGCUGGCAGAGUUUGCAAUGCUGUAAUGCUUGCUGAACGCCGUGACCCCGCUCAUGAGUACUACGUCGCUGUUCUCAACGAUCGAGCAACACAAGGACCAGUGUUGGUUACUUCGAAUCAGGGUGGUAUGAAUAUCGAGGAAGUUGCUGCUAAGGAUCCCAAUGCCAUCAUCACGACACCUAUCGAUUUUGACAAGGGUUUGGAUGCAGCCGUUGGUCUUGACAUUGCCAGGAAACUCGGUUUCAAGGGCGAGACUGCCCAACGCGAGGCAGCGGGUAUAUUUGCCUCUCUGUAUAAACUCUUCAGGGAGAAGGAUGCUACACAAAUCGAGAUUAAUCCUAUGGCAGAAACCGUCGAUGGUCAUGUCCUUUGCAUGGAUGCGAAGCUUGGGUUUGAUGAUAAUGCCGAGUUCCGACAGCGGGAUAUUUUUGCCCUUCGAGACAUCUCGCAGGAAGAGCCUUCUGAGGUUGAGGCUCAGAAAGCAAAUUUGAAUUUCAUCAAGUUAGAUGGGUCGAUAGGUUGCCUUGUCAACGGUGCUGGUCUGGCAAUGGCAACCAUGGACGUUCUUUCGCUGCAUGGUGGAAAUCCAGCCAACUUCCUUGACGUGGGAGGCGGCGCCACCCCGGAAACUGUCAAAAAAGCGUUUGAGAUUCUGCUUAGUGACCCGAAGGUGAAGAGCAUAUUCAUCAACAUCUUUGGAGGCAUCAUGCGGUGUGAUUACAUCGCCGAGGGAGUGAUCAAAGCAACAAAAGAGCUUGGUCUCAGUAUACCUUUAGUUGUCCGACUCAAGGGUACGAAAGAGGCCGAGGCAAAACAGAUGAUCAGAGAGUCGGGUCUGAAGAUUAUACCCUUCGAUGGUCUUGACGAAGCUGCCGCCAAGGCAGUCGAGUUAGCCGUGUAG